CAUUGAUUUCAGGGCUGGUGUGUGACUCAGGGAUCAAAAGCUGGCACAGUAUAUAGAAAGACCUGGGUUUAAUUUUCAGUACAGUUGAAGGGGAGGGGAGAGGACAGUCAUCCUACUAAUCGCCCACGUAGUGGCAAAGGGUCUCUUUUGCACUACCCCUAACUUGCUUAGCUUGUAGUUGAACACUUACAAUGGUGAAGAACUCCACUAUAUCUGCUUUAUUCUUCGGAGCCCUGGUGGAAUGCUUUGUCCAGCAGAAUUAUAAGUUUUAAAAAAAAUAGUUUUCUUUUCCCAGUUGGAGGAAAUUUAUGUAACUUUGGCUGGUCUCAAAUUCUCGAUCCUUUUAUCUUAGUCUGCCUGCGCCACCAUGUUCAGCUUUUAUCUUUCAACUACUACUGGUCUUAGGUGAAGUAGUAAUUUCACCUUUAAGUAAUUUCACAUUACUUAAAGCCUGGGUGAUGUAGUGCGCGCCUAAUUCCAGCACUUGGGAGGCUGAGGCACUUAGGAGGCUGAGGCAGGAGUGCCAGGAGUUCCAGACUAGCCUGAGCUACGUAGCAACUUCCAAGCUAAGCAGGGCUGCAUUGCAAGACCCCGUCUCAAAGAACCAAAACAAAGAAAUAAAAGCAGCCAUUCAGCAGUCAUUUCUCCGGAUUAAGUAUGUCCAGUUGCUUUCGUUUUCCCUCCUGUUAGGUGACUUCCCGGCCUUUCCAGCUCACAGCGGACUUGCAAGCACCAGGACAGCCGGGACUGGGGACGCCGGGUCCGGGUGCGCGCGCACCAAUUUGAACCCUGCGUGAGCGGGCGGAGGGCUCGGAGCGCUGGCCAAUAGGCGUGCGCACGCCUCUCCCGGGAGGGCUGCGGACCAAUCAUAGUCAUUUCUUGGACGGGGGUGGAGUCAUCUCAACGGUCUCCGGUCUCAGCGUGGACCCGGCAGACGCCCCCGGUGGCAAGCGGAGCUGAGCUGCUGAGGAGCGCUGCGUUUGCGGCCGGAGAGAACGCACCCCGCGGUCACAGUGAAUCUGGGCAAGGAUUCCCGUUUCUACCCGAGCCGCCCGGGGAGGAGCACCGCGGUGAGAGAGAACCGCUCUGUGCGUUCCAAAGCCGUGUCUCCGUCCUCCCUGCAGCAUCUGCCACCUCUAGCCAGGUUCUCUUCCUUGAUUAUUUACCGCAGGCCUGCGGGACAAAACAAAACGCCAGCGCUCCGGAAUCUGAGUACACCCCCACAAGCCCUUCGCAGUGGAGCAGUGGACUGUCCCUGCUUCCUUUUACUUGAGAUCAUGCAGAGGGCUUCACGCCUGAAGAAAGAACUGCGUAUGUUAGCCGUAGACCCUCCCCCAGGCGUCACGUGCUGGCAGGAAAAGGACCGAGUGGAUGAUUUGCGAGCUCAAAUAUUAGGUGGAGCCGACACACCUUAUGAGAAAGGGGUUUUCACGCUGGAAGUUAUCGUUCCUGAGAGGUACCCAUUUGAGCCACCGCAGAUCAGAUUUCUGACACCAAUCUAUCAUCCAAACAUUGAUUCUAAUGGAAGGAUUUGUCUAGAUGUUCUCAAAUUGCCACCGAAAGGUGCAUGGAGACCAUCCCUCAACAUUGCUACUGUAUUGACCUCUAUUCAGCUGCUCAUGGCAGAACCCAAUCCUGAUGACCCACUAAUGGCUGACAUUUCCUCAGAAUUUAAAUAUAAUAAGAUAGCUUUUCUCAAGAAUGCCAGGCAGUGGACAGAGACUCAUGCAAGACAAAAACAAAAGGCUGGUGAAGAGGUGCUAGAAGACUCCUCGGAGGUCGGUGACCGUGAGGAAGACAACUGUACACAGAAAAGGAAAGCCAGGCCACUGGGAGGCCCAGAUAAGAAGUUUCACCCCGAUGUUCAGAGAGAGUGUCCUGGUCCCUCUUAGUUAGUGGAGGCUGUGACAAGGUGGUCUCUUUUGCUUGCUUUUCUCGAAUGUUUUUCUUUGUGUUUGAUGACAUAAUGUUUGUAUCCUUAUAAAAGACCUUGUGUGUUUACACAUUGUGCUAUGCAGUGAUUCUUUAAGGAUAGUUUGUUUUAUUUAUCUUGUACAUAUGUAUUUUGAAAACUUUUAAACUUGAAAAAUAAAUCAUACUUAAUGUUAA